AUGAAUAUUAUUAGAUUACAAAGAAAGUUCCCUGAGUUUUCUCAGGAAGAUCUCUUCGAAACGAUAGAGCAUUUUCGAAACAUCGAUCUAGAGGAUAAGGGCUGGGUUGAAAAACCUCAAAUUUUGGAAUCCAUUUCCAAGUCUGGUGUUGCAUCUUAUGAUGAAGCUAGGGAGACUUUGAAGACCGUUGAUGUAGAUGCUUCGGGUCAUGUUGAAUUGGAGGAUUACGUGGAAUUGAUGGCAAAAUUAAGAGCAAACGGUUCAUCUCAAGGUACGCAACAGGACGAAGACAAUUCAAAGGGGUUCCCACAAACGAGCUUUCCUAACAUUUCCGGUCAGAGCAACCGUGCACCACCGGUUCCAACUAAACCUAAAUCGAUUGGUUUGCAACACAAAGGUACUGGUGAGAAAGCUCAGAUUAUUGUCGGUGGUUCCACUUCUGGUACCACCCACACGAUUAAUGAAGAAGAAAGAAGGGCUUUCACUACACAUAUCAAUUCCGUGCUAGCUGGGGACGCAGACAUUGGUCAUAGGCUUCCUUUCCCUACCGAUACUUUCCAAUUAUUCGACGAAUGUAGAGAUGGGUUGGUGUUGUCCAAGUUGAUUAACGAUUCUGUCCCGGACACCAUCGAUACCAGAGUGUUAAACUGGCCUAAGAAUAACAAGGCUUUGAACACUUUCACGGCUUCCGAAAACGCCAACAUUGUGAUCAAUUCCGCUAAAGCUAUCGGCUGUGUUGUGGUUAAUGUUCACUCUGAAGAUAUUAUUGAAGGUAAAGAACAUUUGAUCUUAGGUUUAAUUUGGCAAAUUAUUAGGAGAGGUUUGCUAUCCAAGAUUGAUAUCAAAUUACACCCGGAAUUGUACCGUUUAUUAGAAGAAGAUGAAACUUUGGAGCAAUUCCUAAGACUACCCCCAGAACAAAUCUUGUUGCGUUGGUUCAACUACCAUUUGAAACAAGCUGGGUGGCACAGAAGGGUCUCCAAUUUCUCUUCUGAUAUCAAGGAUGGUGAAAAUUAUACUGUAUUAUUAAAUCAAUUGGAUUCAAAUCUAUGCUCAUUGGGACCACUACAAACCACCGAUUUGCUAGAAAGAGCAGAAGAAGUUUUACAAAACGCUGAAAAAUUGGAAUGCAGAAAGUAUUUGACUCCAACGGCAUUAGUGGCUGGUAAUCCUAAAUUAAACUUAGCCUUCGUUGCUCAUCUAUUCAACACUCAUCCUGGUUUGGAUCCAUUGGAUGAAAACGAACCUAUCGAAAUUGAGGAUUUCGAUGCAGAAGGUGAGAGAGAAGCCAGAGUUUUCACUUUGUGGUUAAAUUCUUUGGAAGUAGAUCCUCCAGUUGUGUCACUAUUCGAAGACUUAAAGGAUGGAUUAGUACUUCUACAGGCAUAUGAUAAGGUUAUUCCUGGAUCUGUAAACUGGAAGGUAAUCAACAAGAAAUCAUCUGACUCUGAACUUUCACGCUUCAAGGCUUUGGAAAAUACUAACUAUGCUGUUGAUUUAGGUAAAUCUAGAGGAUUCUCUUUGGUUGGUAUUGAUGGCUCUGAUAUUGUCGACGGUAAUAAACUACUAACGCUAGGUUUGGUGUGGCAGUUAAUGCGUAAGAAUAUUGUCAAUACAAUGAAUGAAUUGGCCACGACUGGUAGAGAUAUGUCUGAUUCCCAAAUCUUAAAGUGGGCUCAAGAAACAGUUUCCAAGGGUGGAAAAUCAUCCACCAUAAGAUCUUUCAGCGAUCCUUCGUUGUCCAACGCUCACUUCUUAUUGGAUGUCCUAAAUGGUUUGGCCCCAGGUUAUGUGGACUACUCAUUAGUGUUACCUGGUAAAACUGAAGAGGACAGAUAUGCAAACGCCAGAUUGGCUAUUUCUAUUGCUAGAAAGUUAGGAGCUCUAAUCUGGUUGGUUCCAGAAGACAUCAACGAAGUCCGUUCGAGAUUGAUAUUGACAUUCGUUGCUUCUUUGAUGGCAUUAAAGAGAUAA